AGCCGUACAGCGCCACAAAAGAGCUCCACCAUAUUUUCCAAUACACUUGCUGAUGGGUAAAAUCAUUGGAAGUCUACAGCUGUAAGUCGGCAAACUAUCUUGGCUGAAAAUCUUCGAUUGUACGUCGUGAUCGCUGAACUCUGUUACCGCUUUGGUCAUUACUGCAUCUGGAAAAUAGCCUUGCUGUUUGAAUUUUAGUCCGGCUUAUAAAUCGGGAGUACCGGAUGGGAUUAGAUCAACUGUGUGACGAGUAUAGGAAGUAGGCAAUAUAAGGAAGUAGUGACAAUUCGAAUGGAUUGAGAAACGUGUAAUAUUAUCCAGCGACGAAAUCAGUGUUUCUUUAUAGAAAUCUACGAUGGAUUAUUGAACGACUGUGUUUAUUGAUUUUAUCGAGCUCCAUGGUUACCAAGCUUCGUGGUUACCGAGCUCAAUUGGCUUUGUUUAAUCCUUCAAAACAACAGAAAUUUGAAAUUGGAUCACCAGCACUUAGCGCGAGUGCGAAACAACAUUAACUAUCCGUGUCAAAAGACGUUUGAAUGUGAUCGAGCGAAUAAACGCUGAGUCCUACAAAGAGGACGACUUGUCAUUAAUGGUUAUGAAUAAUUAUGACAUUUAUUAAGUUCGUUAUGCCAAUUUGAUCUCCUGCUGCGCCCAGUAUUAGCGGAUACAAAAGAGAACGUUUCAUGAGCACACGCGGAUUCCUAUUUAACAAAUAUUUGAAAAGCAUUUUAAUGAUAGAAAUAUAAAAAAAUGUUCUAAAAGAAAUCCGUAGUCAUUAAACAAAUGGUAUUGACAAGUCAUCUCACUUAAAUUACGAAAAUCAAUAGCUUCCUCGCGAUUUCGGUUUAAACUUCAAUAGUGAAAUGAUUUGAAUGAUGAGAUGUAAAUAACAUAGCGGAGCUCAAUAAAUUUCACCACUAACCGGAGCCUUAAAUGUAAGCGUAGACACUUAUCGCGGAGCGAUGUACUGUCUAUUGAUAAGUACACCUUUCAAAUAUUAAACAUUGCAAAAUAAAUAUUUCAUCGUUUUCAAAUUGGCUUUACGGAUAAUUCCAUUUCAGAAGUUAUCAGUGAAUGGUCGAUGGGAACAUGUCGAAAUUGAGCGAUAAAUGAGGAGUGUUAACGGUGGAUGUGAUUUAAUUACUAGGCACGAUCUAUUCAUGGAAGGGCAUCGCAGUUUUGUUGAAGGCAUUAUGGGUGAUAAAACAGGCAUGCGGUUAAUUAAGUUAAUUGAAACCGUAUAAUUCAACGCAUAUUUUAACAGGAUUUUACGUCAGCGUACAGCAAGAUGGGUCUUUAGGGAAAAAUAUAAGCCCUGAAUUUAAUUAUGAUUUCGUGAUUUAAACUUCGCCAAUAGUGUGAUUAAAUGUGCCGGAGAAUUGUGAGAAUUAAUUAGCCGUUACACGAGUGGAUAACUCACCCGAAAGUGAAUGGGGGACGCAGUUGUUUGUCAAAAUGUUGAACAAUUAUACAGUGAUUGGAUUUACAAAGCAACCGCUACUAACACAUAUGAUUGAAGUUGUUACAACGACGAAAACGACUACGGCUUAUGAAGUUUUAAUGUCAACGUAUAAUGUGACGUCAAAUGCUUCUGACGUCGUCGAAGAGGAGACGAGCGUUACAAACGCAGCCGUUAUAGGUACAUUUUUGUGCCUAACAAUUUUCUUGUCGCUUGUAGGCAAUGUGCUGGUUUGCAUAGCUGUAUUUACAGACAGACGGUUAAAGCGUUUAAACAACAUGUUCAUCGUUUCUCUAGCGGUAGCUGACCUAUGGGUUUCACUAAUGGUGAUGACGUUUGCAACAGUAAAUGACGUCACAGGGAAGUGGCGCUUUGGGCGCGUUUAUUGUAACAUUUGGAUAUCGUCCGACAUCAUGGGCUCGACUGCUUCCAUUUUGAAUUUGUGCAUGAUAUCACUAGAUAGGUAUAUUCACAUUCGAGAUCCUCUGAAAUACGCACGAUGGAUGACGUGGAAAAAGGUGGCGAUCGCAAUUGCCCUUGUAUGGACCAUAUCAAUCAUUAUGUCGUUUAUUCCAAUAAACGUCGGGUGGCAUAAAAGCCCCGGACAAGCGGAAGUAGAGUUGCCCCCUGAGCAGUGUUUCUUAGAGAUCAGCGGGACGUACGCAAUAGUUUCCUCUACAAUCAGUUUCUACAUACCGUGUAUCGUGAUGAUCGGUCUGUACUGUAAGCUGUACAUGUACGCUCGUGCGCAGGUGAAAAGUAUUAACAGAACGCUCGUACAUAACCAGUUUGGAGACAGCCGUGGUUCCGGACAGUCGUCCAAACUGAGUGACCACAAGGCCGCGGUGACUUUAGGGGUCAUCAUGGGCGUGUUUCUCUUCUGUUGGUUGCCAUUCUUUAUUCUCAAUCUUUACGAGGCGUACAAUAAAAAUACUCCAUUCAUUGUUUUCCAAAUAUUGACUUGGUUAGGAUAUUUCAAUUCGUGCUUGAAUCCCAUCAUUUAUAGCAUAUUUAAUUCCGAGUUCCGGAGCGCCUUCAAGAGGAUAUUAUUUCCACGCUCAUGCCAACUUUGUAAUCAGGAUCAGCGUAAUUAUCGGUACGGAAGCCCAAAGAAAGUGAAAAAUGGGGCGUCGUCGAAAAAUAAUAGCGAAUAUUUGACAGUGAAGCAUGAAAACGGAUCGAAGGCAUCGCAUGACUCAAACCAUCCUCUCGUUGACGAGAGGAUAACUGCGUUAUAGUGCGAGAACGACCAUGGAAUUGUGUUGGUUUAAUUUCCUGGGAAGAUGAACAAGACACGGGUGCGGUGCUUUUCAAUACUAGCGUGAUCGAGUGGAGGAAUCUAAAUUUGGUAUUCGGAAAUCUAAUGUGUCGCCGGUCUAUGGAAUAAAAGAUGCGCGUUAAAAAAAGUGUUAUGCCAUGUGAUAGAAAUGCAGGCUAUGUCUGGUUUAGUAUUUUUAGUUUAAAAUGCUGUACAUAUUAAUAUGUGUUUGACGCAAUAACUGUUUGUACAUUAUAAAUACAGCCUGCUAAAUGGUAAUGCUGACAUUUAAAUAUGUAUCAUCACAUAAUUAAUUUCUAAUGUUACAAAUAAUAAAAUAACACACAUGAAUGCAGGCGUCAAAAGUGAGCCGCAUCAUGCGAAAAUGGGUCUUAUGCCUUAUCCGAGCAAAGCAGUUAGAACCUGGUUUAUAAGCUACAAUUUCCUUUUAUGAGUCUACUCAACACCAUUAUUCGUCUGCAUAGCCGACAUGGUAUCUCCAAAACAACCUUCGAAUUAUCGCAGUCACCCAGGAGCUCUGCGGCUCGCGUAUUGUUUUAGACCCAUUUUCGUAUGGGGCGGCUCAAGUUUAAAAAAUGAACAUGAUCCGAUUUAUAGUAGUAUGUAAACACAUACUGAUUUUUAGUUAUAAAACAUCAGAAUUGAACAACGUCGGCUCUGGUCCAUAUUUUUAAUAUACACGUACAUGAAUUAGAAUUAAUAUCAAUGGUUGUAUAUUUACUAAUAAACAACAUUACAUCUUUUUGCAACAGAAACCAUAUAUAUUUUCAUUUAAUGAGGAGAACGAGUAGCUAGCAUGUACGUUCCCGAAAGUAUCAGUCUGUGAAAUAGUCAAAUAACGCGGGUCUUGUUUUGUUUUUAUCUGCGGAACUAAUUUUAUCGAUUACCAUAAGAGUCGCGUCAUGCGAAAAUGGGUAUUAUGCCAUGUGUGGUCAACAAAGCUUUAGAUCCGCCUGCGCAAUCGCGCAGUCUAGUCGGGAACUAACCAGUCCGCUAUAUGAAGUCACACACACGGACAGGGUAGGCGAAUGCACUGGCUGGGAUUUAACGUAGGCAUAAGACCCAUUCAAGCAGGACGCGGGUAAUAGUUCUGGUAAUUAUUGAUAAUAUUGCACACAUUGUACAUUUUUUGUAUUUGUAUAUAAACAUCCAUUCGAUUGAUGUAACGAUUCCAAAAGUAUGAACGUCAUAAUUUGGAUAAUAACAUGUCUGUACGUGAAGUGAAAUAUAAUUGAAUAAGAAGUUUAUGAUCUUUCAUGUCUUUAAUUAUUCGAAAAUGUAAUGUGUAUUGUUGUAAAUAUUUUAAGUUAUAAUGUGUGAUAUCUGUGUGAUACGUGCGUGUCUUUUAUUAAUAACUCACAAUGAGUUUGCGUUGUGUUUUUAUCAAAGUAAUCUAUACAUAUAUCUAGGUCUCCGAGGUUGGUUUGAUAUGCCAUGUACAUUUAAUAAAACGAGCAUCUUUUAUAACCCAAUGCCCAUUAAUGUAUUGUUACAUUUUAUUGCAAGACUUUAUCAAACGUUAAAUUAAUAAGAAUUGGAGUAUUUUUAUUAACCUGAUAGUAAAGUAGGUUUCUUUUAUGUCUUUGAAGGUCGUGAUUUUGACAUGGUGUGCAUUUUGAUUUGAAAACAAACAAUUCACUAUAUGUUGGUUCAAAUGUGAUCGAAUAUCAAACGAUUUCAUUCACUUGUUUUUCUCUUUAAAAAAACCCUAGCAAUAUAAUAUGUGUCGCGCUCUGGGAAACCGAGUUUAACCCAUUUAUGCCUAGUGGACUCUCCCAUCCUUCUAAAUUUGAAAAAAAUAUUUCUAAAAUUAGGGAUGUCUAGUAAAUUUAUUUCUAUAUUUAGAAUAUUUCUUACAGAAAUUCCUUUAAGCAAACAGCGCAGACACAGAUGAGAGGCCGCAUCAUGCGGCGUCUCAUCUGGGUCUACGCUGUUUGCCAAGGCCUUUUUCUAGACGCUAAGCAUAAAUGGGUUCAAGCCUGUGCCUAAUGUCCGCCUCAGAUUAGCAUUAACAGUCCGCAAAGGCUAAACAGAGAUAUAAAUAAAUUAUUGGGUUUUCCUGUAAAUGCAAAAUACAAAAAGGCGCGUCUCUGAUUAGCCUGUGCGGACUGUAAAGGUUUAUAUUAGACGACACUGUACGCAAACGGAUUAAGCCGUGUUUACCAGUUCGUUGUCCAUAUCUGUAUGAAAGAGUGUUUUGGCACUUGUUGAAAUUUUGUACGCAAUUUCAUAUCACUCCAAGUAAUUAUUUUCUAUUAGUUUUAUUUAUAUACCUGCAUAUUCAAGAUACCCUAAUGUGUUUUUUAUUUUGUAAAGAAGCACAUAUUUUCUAAAAAAAUCAUGUUUAUAUAAUUAUUAUAUCAUCUGUUACGUGGCUGUCAAUGUUGUCAAUGUUUUUGUUAUCACAAGAUUCACUGCAGUCAAGAUGAUUAGUUUCUUAACAAUAUGUCCUGAGAUUGAAUUCCUAAUUGUAAAAUAAGCAAACUUAUUAUAUCGGACAGCAUGCAAUUUCGGGGUUUAAAAAAAAAAGUUCUUCGAAUAAUACAGAUAUGACAGUAUUUUAAGCGAAAGAAAAGACUCUUACAAAAUUGUAUAAGUUGUAAGAGUUAUCUUACGUAUUGUAUAAAUAAUAUUUUGAAUAAGGCUAAUCUAUUUCACAAACUAAAUGCUUAUGCGCCGCGUCGUUUGAUAUUAACCCAUUUAUGCCUAGUGGACUCUCCCAUCCUUCUUAAUUGGAUCAAUUUAUUUCCAAAAUUAGGGAUGUCUAGUAUAUUUAUUUCUAUAUUUAGAAUAUUUCUUACAGACAUUCCUUUAAGCAAACAGCGCAAACCCUGAUUAAGCACUCAUCAUCAGUGUCUACGCUGUUUGUCAAUGCCUUUUUUCUAGACGCUAGGCAUAAAUGGGUUAAGCCUAAAAAAAUCCGAACACUGAAGCCUCCUCAUUCGUAUACUUUAAUGAGGAGGCAUCAUUUCAACUUGUAAUUAGAUUACGAAACCUUGCAUGACAUAUAGUGCAGGGUAUGAUUAGUCGUUAUUACUCGGUUAUGUAAAUAUUUCAUAAAAUAAAUUGAAGCUACGAAGGAUGUUAGUUACGCAAUUGAAACGAUAUUUAACUACGUUAUAGCAGCGAUCAUUUCGAGCUACUGUCCACAUUUUCGCAAUCGCUUUUAUUUGUAAAUCAAGAUUGCAACUUAAUUAUAUACAAUUAGCCCGCAUUAUUAAGAUUUGUUAACACGACUAACUAUUGUUCUUUUCUGAAUAUUAAGCAGAUAUGAGUAAACACAUGGUAUAAUUAUAUUUCUGCGUCAAUUUCGAUUGUUCAAUGAUAAAUAUAACACAAUGUCGUUAUCUUAUAGAUGCGAAAUAAAGAUAUACACACUAUACAGUGGCUUUUGGAUAUUUAUGACUUUUUCCAACAUAAUGAUCGACAUUGCACAAGUUUGUAUUCCCCGUACCAUGGGGAUUUAACUCUGUCGUUAUAUAUUUGGACGUAGAUCGUUAAGUUUUGCUUCAUAUAUACGCAUUUAUACGUCGUUACAAUAAUGCAUACGCCAUUUGCACGUCAUUUGUGCGAUGUAAACGAUAUUGCAAUUAAUAUUUUCUUUCAUGUGUAAGACAUUGCUAUUGAUAUUUAUUGAUUUAUGUCAACAGUGUUUUUACUUUUGAUUUAAUAAAAACGUGUUCCACUGUUUUAAAGCAGAACGCAGUAUACCACUAUGGGCAUGAUAAUCUAUUUGCAAACAACUAUUCGUCAACUCGCGGUAGAAUGUUGACACUGUUCGCAGUAUCGUCCAAUAAUCAACUAUUCGUAGCUAUUGAUGAGAAGCGAUAAAACAAAAAUUAAUUCGUAAAAGAAAUUCAAGCACGCUUGUCGGAAAUAAAUCCGGUAGUUUAUGUUAAUAUUUAAUUUUAUGUGACAGGCAUGUACUGGAAUAUAUACUCCGUUCAUAUAUGGGUCAAGAAGAACAAAUGUUAUCGGGCGUUUAUUUAUUCAUUCACAAAUAUUUAUGAUUUUCCUAAAUUGAAUGGUAAAUCUCAAUUUGUUCAACGCAUUAUAUUUAGUAAAACGUUAUACGUAAGCUCAUUUUGCCAAAACUUGCAAUAUUUACACAGGCGUAUUUGUCAUAUGUAUUUACUUAAUAUUUAAAGAUGAAAUCAAUUGAACAUUUCAAAAUUGCAAAAUAGUGCAAAUGAUUCACGCACUAGUUUAGGGUAUUUUAUUUAAAGCACACAACGAUUUAAACUCUACUAGUUUACAACUUACAAGUGUAAAAUGUAUUGUGAUAUGUUCAUACAUAAUCGUUUGAGAUGUGUGACUGAAUGAACAUGAAUUCUUAAUAGAGCAUUCACUUGUUUCUGUCCGAUGGAUGCAGAAUACAAAAUGUAUUACCCGCGAUGCUAUGCCACUUCACAAAUGGUAUGACACUUUGAGACGCGUUUGGGUAAAACUGGGAUUCCUGCAGAGGCUAAUCUUGAACGAAAUUUCCGCUUUUAAAUAAAGUUCAAUUUAAUGAUCUCUCUUCUAAACGGAAACCCAGUGUAUGCGAAGAUUUUGUCCCUUAUUAGCCUGUGUAGACAGCUCAUUGUAAUAUGCGAGGACCUUUAACGAUCAUGCUUUAAGCCCAGUUUUCCCAGAACGCGGCUCGUAUGCUCCAUUGAUGUUGAACUGCACAAUCUGCAUAAACAUGUUGUACAUUUCAUAAGACUGCGCUUGAGUAUUUUAGAGUCUCUUAUCGAAUUUGGGAAUUUAAAUGUGUCUUUUCUUAGAACAAACGAGUGUCAAGUCAAUCGUAAAUGAGGAUAUUGUAUUUAUUAUUCUGACAUGUAUGUGUUCUUAGAUUACGUUUUGUUUGCAAAUGAUUUGUCAUCACACAAUCAGCCAAAUUUAAUGCAAUUACUAUAAACCACUUACCAUAAGUAAAAAAUCCUUAGGAAAACAACAUAAAAGAUGAUUUUCACUGAUAAAAUAAUGUAUUGCGUUAUAUUUAGAUUAAAACGCAUAAGUGAAAUCAGUCAGUCGCAGUGAAUUGGAUAAUUUACAUGCUCUAGAUGGCACGUUUCUCAUUGUGAUGCAUAUUUUUUUUGUUUUACACGUGGAUAAAUGAUAUAUUUGUCAACUGGCAUUAUAUAAACGAAUUCGUUAUACAAUUCAUACAACAUUGUUGCAUAUUUGUGAUUUUAUUUAUAUGUUUACAUCCUUUUUACUGCAUAAGUUAUGCAAUAAACAAUCAGCAAUACUAAUGUUA